AUGGAAGGAUUUGAUACCCUGCUAAUUUUUAACUUCUUCGCUUUUCCGGCCUUCAAACGACGAUAUGGAACACCAACACCUGACUCCGGGUAUCAAAUUUCUUCAAAAUGGCAAUUUGGGUUGACGACUGCAGCAGAGGCUGGCGAGAUAGUCGGGCUACUAGCGAAUGGCUAUCUCGCCGAUCGGAUCGGAUAUCGCUGGACCAUAGUCUCCGCCUUGGCCUUUCUGUUACUGAGUAUCUUUUUGGCCUUUUUUGCGGUGAAUAUCCGGAUGUUGUUGGCGGCGCAGAUCUUAUGCGGGAUCCCAUGGGGCGUCUUUCAAACGUUAUCGACCACGUAUGCCGCCGAGGUGAUGCCUAUCAUGCUACGUGCCUAUCUGCUCAGCAAUGUCAACCUUUGCUGGAUUCUUGGACAGCUGAUGGCUACCGGAAUACUGAGGAGUCUCAUCGACAACACCUCCCAGUGGUCAUAUCGGAUCCCUUUUGCCCUCCAGUGGGCAAUUGGUCUCCCUAUCCUGGUGGCGGUCAUAUUUGCGCCGGAAUCUCCAUGGUGGCUUAUCCGACACGGGCGACAACAUGAUGCCGAACGGUCUCUGACGAGGCUGACCAGGAAGGGCAAGGUCAACCUCGAUCAGACAAUGGCGAUGAUCAAUCGUACCAACGAGAUUGAGAAGUUUUUCAAAAAAAGCGACAGAGGCAUUUCAUACUUGGAUGCCUUCAAGGGCGUGGAUCGCCGACGAACCGAGAUUACCUGUAUGGUCUGGAUCGCACAGCAGGUAUGUGGAACCAGCUUAAUGGGCUGGGCGUCAACAUUUUACCAGGAGGCUGGGUUCAGUGUCGAAAACGCCUUCAACCUAUCCGUCGGCAUCUACGGUAUAGCCAUACUGGCUGCGGUGAUCUCCUGGUCACUUCUGUCCCGGUUCGGGCGUCGUCGGCUGUAUCUCUGCGGCCUCUCAGCCCUACUAGCUAUUCUAUUGGCUGGUGGCAUUGUCGGCUCUCUUCCGACAUCCCGUGCCCAGCUCUGGACGCUCGGGUCCUUGCUUUUGAGUCUGACAUUUGUCUACGAUAUGACUAUUGGGCCCGUGUGCUAUGUUCUGGUCGCGGAAAUCCCAUCCACUCGACUCCGGGUCAAAACAGUCGUUCUGGCUCGAACAGCUUAUAAUUUAGCCGGCAUUCUUAUCAAUUGGAUGACCCCACAUAUGCUGAGUCCCGAUGCGUGGGAUUGGAAGGGAAAAUCCUGUUUCUUCUUCGCUGGAACGACAGCCGUGUGCCUCGUCUGGUGCUAUUGGAGACUCCCAGAGACCUUCGGCUUGAGUUAUCUGGAGAUUGACAUCUUGUUCGAACGGAAGGCGAAGACUAGCAAGUUCCGCGAGCUUCGCGCCAACCUUGAAAGCUCGGGGUAUUUCAGUAUCAGAAAUCCGGUGGAAAUGGUAAGCGCUUGGCUGGGGUAUUGA